AUGGCUAUGAACGGACUGCAGGACCCUUACUCGGCUGACGCUGCUGCUGGACCGUCGAAUGCGCGUGGUGCGAGGGCACAGGACGAGUCGGCGCACGGACUUGUGGGGAGAGGGAAGAGGGUCAGGAGCCAGACGGUGGACGACGAGGACGAGCUGUCGGACGACGACUCGCGCAAUGCGUCUCCUGCACUCGGCCCAGGCGAACUCCCAACCAAGCCGAAGCGGAAACGGAACCGCGCGGCCUUGUCUUGCGCCCUAUGCAAGAAGCGCAAGAUCAAGUGCGACCGCAAGCUGCCGUGCGAAGCGUGCAUCAAGCGCAACGAGCAGCACCUGUGUCGAUGGGAGCAACCCAAGGUCGAGCCGGCACCUCAGCCUUUCGCCCUCGCCGUUGACCACGAGCAGCUGCGGCGCCGGGUCGCCGUUCUCGAGACUGUUCUAGCUCGUCUUGCGCCAGAUCUGGCGGGCGAGUUGGCCGACGCGGCUGCAGCGCCUGUCACUCUGCCCCUUCGCCCCAAGGCGUCGACAAACGACGGCGAUGAGCAGCAGGACUCGGAUGCUGAGAAUGUCGAGGAUGCGGCACUUGUUCUCGAGGAGCUGGCUCUCCACCACAAGCUCACCCGCGUCGCGCCAAAGACCGGCAAGACAGCUCGAUCCGCCUCUCCCCGCCUCGCCUCUUCCUCACACGCCCUUCCCGUCCUGCCACCCAUCCUCUCCGGGUCCGGCGCCAUGCACCUCAGCCCCUCGUCCACCAUCUCGAAUGCCGACCUCGCCAGUCGCGCGCUCGACUCCCUUGUCGUCCCUGCCAUCGACUCGAGGCGCAAGCUCGUCCUCGACGAUAUCUACGCAAACCUGCCGCAGCGCAAAUCGGUGUCGGACUGGAUGCUGAGGAACUACUUCGAGCGGGUAGACUGGGCAUGGCAUCUGCACCACAAGCCGACCUUCCUCGCCGAAUACGACGCCUUCUGUCUCCUCCGCUCCGAAGGUCGACAAGCCGAGAUCGACCCCCUCUGGCUCGCCUGCUUCGCCAUGACCCUCUGUCUCUCCGUCAACUCGCUCGAGUCUCCUAUCGAGUCACCACUCUGCAGCAUCACCGCGCAGGAUCUCGAUACCCUUCCGUGGAAGUUUUUCGAGUGCGCCCAGAGUGCGCUCGAGUGUGGAGAUUGGACGGGAAAACCGAGGUUCAGGACGCUCCAGGCGAUCGUGCUGUUUGCGCCGUUCUUCCUCUUCGCCGGUAACCGAGCUGCCGCCGAACGCCAUCAGACCUACAUCGGCGCCGCCCUCCGCAUGGCCCAGUCAAUGGGUCUGCACCAACUCGGCUCCGACCCGUCAACGAUGCCGUUACUGAGCGAAGAAGACGAAAUCAACUCGGGCUUGCCGCCCGGCGUCAACACGCUCAAGCGCGAGAUGGCCCUGCGGAUGUUGACGACGUUGCUGUUCCUCGAUUAUACGAGCUUGCGAAUCAAGACGAGCUUGCCGCCUCAUCUCGUCACGUCCGCCCUGCCUGGCAACUACAACGAUUCGGACCUCUCGCCCGACGAGGUCGUCCCGCCUCGACCAGCAGAAGAAGCGACCGACAUCUCCCUUGACCUCGUCAAGUUCCGCACCGCGCUUGAGCAGCGGAAGUUCAAGGAGAUGAUGGACGGCGACCUACCGCUCACAUACGAGGCGAUCUUGGCCAUCGACGGAAACUACCGCGCCAUCCUCGACUCGCUUCCGGUCCAGCUACGUGAAGACUACAUCCCGCCGCUCGGCGAGCCCCUCACCAACCUGUGGCGCCGCAACAUGGCGAUCCAGAGCGUCCACUCGCGCAUCCUCCGCGUGCACCGGCCGUUCAUGGCGAAGGGCUGGACAGUUGAGAAGUAUCGUCGGUCGACGACGACUGCGAUCUCGGCUGCGAGGUCGAUCCUUGCGUGUCAGACCUCGCUCAACUCGGCUCCUCUACUCAAGAGCGGCUUCCAGCUUCUCAACGUCCAGAUCGCCAUCAUCGUCCUCUUCAUGUCGCUCUGGCAAGACACGGCGCAAACUCCUCGCGAAGCGGACGACGACUUGACCGCCAUCACAGCCACCUUCCCCUGGUUCGAGAAGCACGUGGACUCGCGCGUCGCGGAGGUCAGGAUGAUCGCCAAGAGUAGCUUGAGCGCGUUCAGGUUGCUGAAGGAGGCGUAUGAGGACAAGGAGAGUAGGAGGAGGGCGGCGGGAGACUUGUGGGACCAGUCGCAGGAGGAGCCAUACGGCCGCCUGCUCCAGCGAGUCGGCGCCAUCGUCUCCGCCACGAGCAGCUCGUCAACCGACACUCUCUUCGUCUCUCCCGCCGCGACGACUUCUCAGCCGCGCGCGGGCGGCGCAAUGUCGCUCGACUCGCUCCUCGCGCCGCAACAGGCGCAUCACUCGCUCGGCGCGGUCGAGUCUUGGGCGGGUUUCGCGAACGGUGGCGGUCCGAACGGCGGGCCUGUCUUUGCUUCUUCCGCUGCGCUCGGACUGAGCGACGCCCAGCCGGACCUCGCUGUCGACUUCGACCUGGCGAUGCUCGAAGGACCUGAGUUCGCCGACCCAAACUUCUCUUGGUCGACUUGGACCGCGCUUGGCCAGUUCGCCUCGCUCGGGACCUUCUAG